ACUUCUUCGACGGGUUCCCCAUAGAUGAAGUGGGAAUCGUAUGAUUCCACUCCACACUCUCAAUCUGAGAUAUUAAGCCAGCCAUCAAGAUAGGCCACGGUCGCCGGAUUCUGGGCUGGUGGCGGAGUGUUCUUUACAGUUCCAGGCACAAACAUUCGAACGUGUCUUCACCACAGCACCGAAUCAUGAAUGUCCAAAUGCUGCAAAGCGAGAACGAUAGGCGUUUAUAUCGUCUCAUCGAGUUAGACAACGGUCUCCGAGCCUUAUUGGUGUCGUCCAUAAAUUGCCUUGGCUCCGGUGGCUCUGUUGGAGGCACCGAAGACGAAUGGGAUAGUUUGUCGGAUGGGUCGUCUGCGGUGUCUUCAGAGGCCGCAAGCGACGAUGGAAGCUCUGACGACGAAUCCACUGCAACCAUGAAGGAAAAGAUGUCAGCAGCCGCACUUGCUGUCCGCUGCGGGAGUUCCCAGGAUCCCCCACACUUGCCUGGGUUGGCACAUUAUCUAGAGCACAUGCUGUUCAUGGGAUCGGAGAAAUAUCCCAUUGAGAACGCUUACUCUGAGUUCUUGGCUCAACACGGUGGAUCGGACAACGCGUACACCGAUGUUGACGCCACCGUUUUCCACUUAGACGUCAGUAUGGCUGCUUUCCCCAAAGCCUUGGACAUGUUCGCGAAUUUCUUCAUCAACUCACUCCUGAGAGAGAGCUCUUUAGAGAGGGAGGUGAUGGCCGUCGAAAGCGAGUUCCAAUUGCAACAAGUGAGGGACGAAUGUAGGCUCGCGGAAGUUUUGGCUCGUCAAGCAGGACCUACACAUCCCCUGGGAAGAUUUAACUGGGGAAAUCUGAAGACUCUCCGCGAUCUCCCGAGAGAACGAGGCGUGAACAUCAGAGAAGAGCUCAGAACAUUCAUGAAUGACUACUACUCUGCCGACAAAAUGACGCUGUGCGUUCAAUCGAAACACACCCUGGAUGAGCUGGAAGGUUUCGUCCGUGAAUCAUUCUCCCCGAUACCGAAACGGAAAACCAAGCCAAUCGUAUUCCCUCGAGGGAUUCCAUUCACCGAUAAUCCCGACUUCUUCAAACUGUUCAAAGUUGUACCCAUGAAACACGCUCUGAUCCUCUCGUUCCACUGGCCCCUGCCUCCUCAGAAGCCUCACUAUAGAGAAAAAAACCUGGAGUACCUCGGGUACGCCAUCGGUCAUGAGGGUCGGAACAGUAUACUCGAUCAUCUGCGUAACAAACAAUGGGCGAUCGAGCUGGAGGCUGGUUGCGAGGAGGACGGUUUCAACUCGAACGAUAUGUAUUCGAUGUUCGAAAUCAACCUCACGCUGACCGAAGAAGGCGCAAAACACAUCGACGAAGUGAUUCGUUACGUCCACCAAUACAUCGGCAUGCUGCGCAAGAAAGGCCCCCAGGAAUGGUUGUGGGCAGAACUGAAAGGGAUCGCCGAGAACGACUUCCGUUUCGAAGAAGAGAUGUCCUCCCAAGAUUACGUUUCCGAGCUUUGCGUGGCGAUGCAAGAUCUACCCCCCGAGCACUAUCUCUGUGGAUACGAGCUCUACUUCGAUUACAACCCGGCGCGGCUGCAGCAGCUCAUGGAUCUCUUGACGCCCGAAAAAUGUUGCGUCAUGUACGUGAACACAGAGUUUCAGAAACGCGCGAAUCUCUUCCCAUUGAAAGAACCCUAUAUGGCUGUGCCCUACCAGAUAGAGGAGUUCCCCGACUCGUGGAAGAAACUGUGGGUCGACGAUCCGGAAUUCCAGAAACGAUUCGAAUUACCGGAAGCGAACGCUUUCGUAUCGACCAAUUUCGAAUUGGUGAAAGAGUCAAAGUACGCUGACGAGACUUUCCCGACGAAUCUACGGACCGGGGAGCGGUACAAGCUCUGGUUCCGUAAAGACGAGAAGUUCCGGGUCCCCAAACUCCAUAUAAGCGCUCACAUGAUCACUAAGGCUACGCGUGAUGACGUCAAAGCCGUAGUGUGUACAGAUAUCGCCGUGGUGAUAUUCGAACAGGUUCUAGCUCAAGUAUUUAAUUAUGCGGAGAUGGCCUCGUUGAGCUGUGACAUCUGCGACUCCGACUCCGGCAUGGCCCUGCUCUUCAGCGGCUUCAGCGAGAAACUCCCAUUGCUGUUCGAGACCGUAGUCGACCGUUUAGUCCACUUGGACUUCAGCGAGGAGCAGCUCCGGACGAUAGUUCAGGACAUUCGAAAAAACUAUUUCAACAUCGUGUUCGGUGUACGCUACGUCGAUGAGGUCGCUCAUGGAAUUCUAUGGAAAAAUUACACUUCCAUCUCGGAUAGAAGACAGAAGAUCAACAGUGUCGUCAAGCAAGACGUCCUCGAUCAGAUCUCUAGAACCUGUCGGAGUGCGUUCGUGGAAAUGUACGUGCACGGCAAUGCCACUUCGGAGCAGGCUCUGCAGCUCGCACAGAUCAUCGAAUCGAAGCUCGAUGCAGCACCCGCGGACAAAAUUCUCCACCAGUCGCUCGCUAAGAUCGAGGGCAGCAACUACCUCCGUUUCCUGGCGUUGAAUCCAAAGGACGAGAAUUCCGGGAUAAUCAAUUACUACCAGUACGGUCAAGUGCAUUUGAAGGAGAGCACGCUCAUGCAGCUGCUCGAAAUGUUGAUGGACGAGAAAUGCUUCGAUGAGCUGAGAACUAAGCAACAGCUGGCAUACGAUGUUUCAUUCCGGAUGUGCGAUAUGCGGGGGAUCGCUGGUUUCUCGGUCUCCGCUUCCCCGUCAGCCUCGAAGUUCUCACUGAGCCACGUCGACGAGAAAAUCGAUGAAUUCUUCGAUAGUAUGGCGACUUUCAUCGAGAACCUCGAGCAAGAGGAGUUUGAAACGGCUUGCGAAUCUCUGGUUCAGGUGAAAUCUUGCGUCGAUCUAGCCAUGGACGAUGAGCACCGCCGUAAUUGGAGUCAAAUCAAUUCCUUCGAAUACUGCUUCGAUAUCCUCCAGAUUGAGGUGCAAUUCCUCAAGAGUCUGAAGCUCGAGCAGUUCGUCGGCUGGGCCAGGAGAGUUCUCAAGCCCGCUGGAGGUGUCCGAAAACUUUCCGUUCAGUUGGUUGGAUUCGGAGAGCAAGCUCUGAGGGAAUGUGUCGGUGGGGAUCAGCUUUGGGAAAAACACCAGGCAGCCACGGAGGAGCCCCUUGACGUAGAAAUGGAGAUCCCGCCCCUUAAAAUUCUUCUUCCGAAAGAGACGAAAGGGAAGAACUUCAUCACAGAUAUUGGAGCUUUCAAAAAAGGAUUGGAUUACUACCAGACUCACUCUCGGGACCCUCAUAAGCCCGUGGAGUUCUGA